AUGGCAGCCGUUGCACCCGAAAUUUCCGCCAACAAAAGUGGAAAACAAAAGGUUAAAAGCAAGCAGUACCAUGUGGUGUACGACAAUCCUGAGUUGAAAGUGGUGGUGCGGUUGCUUCCACCUUCACUAAAUCAAGAUCAGUUCUUGGAACAAUUGAUCCAAAAGGGUAUCUUUUCGAAAGAAAACUCUCCCUAUACGAAAUUCUAUUACGAGCCAGGUUCCCGGAAUGUAAAAUUGUUCGAGGAGCCUGUCUUCUCGCGAGCGUACUUUCAGUUUCCAUCCAAACAGCUUGCGAACAACUACAUGAAUGAAUUGAACAAUCUUACCUUUGAGGAGUCAGACACCGGCGACCACUUCAUGUGCCAGACCAUGAAGUCCAUAUUUGGAGCAGUUGGACAGUCUCUGAAUUCUUCUGAGUCGGAAGAUUUCUCCACUAUUCCACUUUAUACCAGGUACUUGCAAGUACGGGAAGAGAAGGGACCAGCCGUCAAUCUCGCGGAGGUGCAGCGUGAAUUACAAGCAGAGGAGAGACAAAAGAAAUUGGCGAAAAAGCAAAAUAAUAAAGUCAAGGAAAAGAAGAAGAAAAAGAAGGAGAAGUUGAAUAUUGAGAAGAGCAAGGAAGGAAAACAAGAAAGAGAGACGACUGUGACAGACCCAGAACUCAAGAAAAAGAAAAAGAAGAGAUCCAAGAAGAAAAAGACAGGUGGUCAAACUCCCGAUCUUCAUAAUGAAGCUAAUGGUUCCGUUACUGCUGAUGUUGGUAAGGAUACUGGUGCUGUUCUAGGUGCCGAGGAAAGCCAUAACGCUGGUUCAGGUUCUAAAUCAAAAAAGAAGAACAAAUCCAAAAAGAAAGCUCCUGAGGCUAAGGAUAAUACUGAACAAAUCAACUCUCCUGCGGAGGGACUGAAGAAAAAGAAAAAGAACAAACCACCGAAAGAAAAACAUGACGACCAAAAGCAGAAUGGGUCAGAAACACAGCAGCAACAGAAUGGAUCAGUAUCAAUGCCAGCGAAUGGAGCAGAGACCAAUGGACAGAAGAAAAAGGUUCAAAAGAAGAAGAAACCCAACAAAAAGGAUAAGGAUGGUGGUUCAAGGGAGAACGUAUCGACAGAGAAUGGUCAGAAACCAAAAAACAUAGAAAAUCCCACCAAGAACCGAGAAAAAUCGGAUGCAGCCACUCCUGCUGAAAAGUAG